AUGGCAUCUGUCUCGAUUCGAGUGCGAAACGAGGAUGGAGAUGACUUCGUCGUCUCUCCGAGAGAUGUCGUUGAUAAUAUCAAUGAGAUAGAAUCUCGACGUAACAGUCGUCGAGAUUCCACUCCAGCGUCAUCAAUCCGAAGAAGUCGCCCGUCUUCUGCGUAUUUUAAUGAGAAUGGUGAACCAAUCGAGGGAAUUACAAGGGCGAGGAAGUCGAAGAGUGUGCGGGAUGCGGAACCAGGAUUACGAUCAAUGUUGUACGGAUUGUCACAGAGACAAGAAAAAGAAGAAGCUGAAGCGAAAAAGUUGGCGAAGAAGAUGAUAAGUGAGUUAGGGAGCACACGUACUUGUAGUCGGAGGGAACACUUGGAACACAUGUUGGGCAAAUAA